UUACGGUUGAUCUCCAUUUUCUCUUGAACAAGGCAACCCAAAAAAUCUCCCUCGACCACAGAUAAUUCCACAAGACAACCUCAGUUUUCGAUCGGAAUUCACACUUGGAACCAUGGGUCAAGGAACACCCGGCGGCCUAAACCGUCAAAAUCAGGGAGACCGCAAAAACGACGGUGACAAGAAAGAGAAGAAGUACGAGCGGUCGGCGCCUCCGGCCCGCGUCGGGCGCAAGCAGCGCAAGCAGAAGGGGCCCGAAGCGGCUGCCAGGAUACCCACGGUGACGCCGCUGACGAAGUGCAAGCUGCGGCUUCUGAAGCUGGAGCGAAUCAAGGACUACCUGCUCAUGGAGGAGGAGUUCGUUGCGAAUCAGGAGAGGUUGAAGCCGCAGGAGGAGAAGACGGAGGAGGACCGGUCUAAGGUCGACGACUUGAGAGGCUCGCCGAUGAGCGUCGGGAAUUUGGAGGAGUUGAUUGAUGAGAACCACGCUAUUGUCUCGUCGUCGGUUGGGCCGGAGUAUUAUGUGGGGAUCUUGUCGUUCGUGGAUAAGGAUCAGCUCGAGCCUGGGUGUGCGAUUCUUAUGCACAAUAAGGUGCUUUCUGUUGUUGGACUACUUCAAGAUGAAGUUGACCCUAUGGUGUCUGUGAUGAAAGUUGAGAAAGCUCCGUUGGAGUCAUAUGCUGAUAUUGGUGGUCUGGAUGCACAGAUCCAGGAAAUCAAAGAGGCAGUUGAGCUUCCAUUAACACACCCAGAAUUGUAUGAGGAUAUUGGUAUUAAACCUCCCAAGGGUGUUAUACUCUACGGAGAACCUGGAACUGGGAAAACUUUACUUGCUAAGGCCGUCGCAAAUUCAACAUCGGCAACAUUCCUGCGUGUUGUUGGAAGUGAAUUAAUUCAAAAGUACCUUGGUGAUGGUCCCAAAUUGGUGAGAGAGCUUUUUAGAGUUGCCGAUGAUCUCUCACCAUCCAUUGUGUUUAUUGAUGAAAUUGAUGCAGUCGGUACAAAGAGGUAUGAUGCCCACUCAGGAGGUGAACGUGAAAUUCAGAGAACUAUGUUGGAGCUGCUGAACCAGUUGGAUGGUUUUGAUUCAAGAGGAGACGUAAAAGUAAUCCUGGCCACGAAUAAAAUCGAGUCUCUUGAUCCUGCCCUCCUUCGACCGGGUAGAAUUGACCGUAAAAUCGAAUUCCCACUUCCAGAUAUCAAGACCAGGAGGCGUAUCUUCCAGAUACACACAUCAAGAAUGACGUUGGCUGAAGAUGUUAACCUGGAAGAGUUUGUUAUGACAAAAGAUGAGUUUUCUGGAGCUGAUAUUAAGGCCAUAUGCACUGAAGCUGGUUUGCUUGCUCUCAGAGAACGUCGCAUGAAGCAUGAGAAUAAUCUGCAGAUCACGAUUAUGUAUGAUGAAUCUGUAGAGGUGACACAUGCAGAUUUUAAGAAGGCGAAAGACAAGGUCAUGUUCAAGAAGAAAGAGGGAGUUCCUGAGGGGCUCUAUAUGUAGAGUCAUUGUCAUCAUGUUAUCAUUGGAAUUAGUUGUGUAACGCUUGUUUCAGUUUUUAAACUUUUGAUUUCGUAACUGGCUAUGGCAAUUAUCAUGCGAUAAAACAUAAUUUCAGUUUGAUGGUAUGCUUGAGCUUUGAUUUUUGCUAAUAUCCCUUGUCAAUUGCUCUUAUGUGGAAAUGCAGUUAUCCCUUGUCAAUCACGUGCAAGAUUUUGCAACCAGUAAGUGUAUUUUCACAUCAA